AUGAAUAUAGACGACAACGCGAGGUGGUUGGAGACACGGCGUCCUACGGUCAUCACCAAACAAGGCGCAGUUGACGUCUCGAGAUGUGCAGGUCGGGCUUUACAGCGUCAGAUCCGAAGUCGGUCACACGGGGUAUGUCGACGACCGCGGCGACGGCGCGUCCUCGGAGCUCGAAAUGAUGGCAUGCUCGGUUUCUUGUUGAUGUUGUUGUUGUUGGUCUUGGUAUCGCCGGUCCACUCGGCUCUACUGAAUUUUGAAAACUGUCUGGAUGCGUCCGUUAUCGAAUCAAGCCCAGCGCAACUACAGUUUGUCCCGUUGAAUGUGUCGGUGACAUUCGAUCUGGAUGAUCCCCUCAAUCCUCUCAAUGUCACCGUCUAUGGCAAUGUUUCUGGGACGGCCGAUCGGUCGUCGUCCUAUCCGUCCCCCAGUGACCCGCAAUGGUCGAAUCCGAACGAGACCGUGGGGAAGAUCGUUGACCUAAAUGCUGCGAACAACAAAUGGACCACUCUUCUCACCAAUGUGGAUGUUGUCAGCUUCUCCCCAUACAGCGAUGCGUCCCGGUUUUGCGACUCCGUUCCCCAUAAAUGCCCGUUGACGCCAGUCUUUUUCGGAAACGCGUCCGACCUGUCCACUCUGCGCGCCUUCACUAUUCAGCAUGACAUGCAAUCAACGUAUCGUUUCUCGACCCUGUCCUCUAGAUUCCGAAUCAGAUCGGGCAACUUCGCGGCUACAGAGCUUGGGUGUAUAAGCGUGGACAUCACGCCGGACCUUGGAACUUCCUUGAAGAAUGCGCUGGCAUACAUCCCUCUCGUGAUCCUCUUAUUGGUCGGUCUCGGUACAAUCUCUGCCGCAAUAUAUAGUCCAUGGGGCAGUACGAACCUCUUUCACUGGACAAGCAAUUAUGGUCGUGAUGAAGACGUUCUGCGGCUUGUAACCCCGGGCUUUGGAGACUGCCUGCAGUAUAUUCAGUUCGCCGUCCUGACCGGCGCUCUCUCAUUGAACUACCCUGGAUAUUACCAGCCAGUGGUCAGCCAAGUUUCCUGGUCCGUCCUCAUGUUCAACCAGAGUUUUGUUCAUCCGGAUCAAGGGCGAAACCCUGUAGCCGAUGGGGUUUACACUGUCAACGGGACCUACGGGCUUGAUGUCUUGGACCAGCUCGUGGGAAUGUCCUCCCCUAGCGACAUCUGGCCGGGGAUGAUGGUCUGGCUGCUUGUGAUCCUGGGGGUAGUCACGCUUUUGAUCCAACUGGCAUUUGCUUUGCGUUGGCUCCACCGCGCGCUGGCAAACAUCCCCGAAGAGGAUCUCCGUUCGAGAAACUUGCCCUUCACAGUGGGCAACGUGAUUCGGAUAGUGUUCAACUUUUUAUUUCUCCCCUUGGUGUCCUUCUCCUUCUUCCAGCUGGUCAUUGCUGGCAAGUCUCCGGCCUAUUCCGUGGCCUUGGCCGUGGUGGUGAUCAUCGCUCUGUUGGCGUUCUCCAUCUGGACGGUCCGGUUUAUCGGGCGCACACGCCCCAAGUCUCACCUCUUCGACGACCUUCCUACUGUACUACUUUAUGGUCCGGUCUACAACACGUUCUGUGAUGACGCAGCGGCUUUCGCGGCCGUACCCAUCUUUAUCACCUUUGCGCGUGGCGUUGCGAUUGGCGCCCUCCAACCCUCUGGCAUUGCGCAAAUUGUCCUCCUCGCAAUCUGCGAGGUGGUCUAUGUUCUCACUCUUGUGGCCUUUCGACCGUUCCCGCAUCCUACAUCGAUGAAUUUGUACCACGCAUGUUUCGCCCUUGUCCGAUUUCUCACCAUCCUCCUAAACGUCGUUUUCGUCCCCUCUCUCGGGGUGUCCCAGGCCGCACGAGGCUGGAUUGGAUACAUCAUUCUGCUACUCCACGCCCUUGUACUUGUCUUUGGGUUUUUCCUGAAUGCGCUACAAACCCUGAUCGAAGUGAUAGCCCGACUCGCUGGCGCCGGCGGCUACGAGGGUGGCGCGACGCGCGGCGGUCUUGUGAAGGUAUUUGGCAUGCGACAGCUCUCGCGACGACUACCCAGACGCGAUGCGGCUGGGACCCGUCAGAGCAUGGCGUCCGAUGCUGCCAUGCUCGCACACACGGAUGAGCGUAUGUCCGCACAGUUCGAUGGUUCAAGACCUCGGAGUCUUUCCGGCAGCUCAGCGAUGCUCUUGAAUAGAGCAGCUGCGAGUGACGGCCGAGCGAGUGCAGUUUUUGAGUCAGGCAGCGCUCAUGGAGGCACGCACAGUCGGGCCAACAGUAGCGGGUUGUACACUCCCACUUCGCUGGGAGGGUUCCAGGGCGCUGGGCACCAGACGACAGGUAGCAACUCACCGAAAAGCGGCCCGCUCUACGCCAUGCAACCCCAUGACCCGUACUACCGACCUCCCAGGCCUCGCAGGAAUAAUGAACGGGGCCCGUCCUUCGAAAAGGACAGGGCUGUCUCGCGCACGGUGUCUCGUUCAGGCAAUUUCGGUGACGGGGAUGAAGACCUGAUUGAGGGUCCGUCGAUUUCUGGAAGAGGUACCCCCGUGCCUGCAUAUAUUCCGGCACCCAAGGACGAUCUGGACUAUGAAGAUCCGCGACCGUCUCGGAAAGAUUAUGCCGUGCGUGAAGUCGACUUCUAUUACGGAGUGCGAGGCCCCCCUCUCUCUCAAUCUGGAACGCGGAAGUUGAAGACAGGGCCAGCGGACCCCACGGGACCAGUGUCUUCCGCGACAGGCUUUUUCCGAAGUCUUCUCAGGGGAAAGACCAAGGAGAAGGGCAAGGGAUUCGAGGUUGUUCGCAGCGCGAGAGCACCGCCUCCUGGUCUCCUCCCCGAAGGAGAGCAUUACAAUGAACCAUACACGGAUGAGCCUGACGGGCGGGCCUCCACGGACCAUGAACACCAGGCUGAAGACCACGACGCCGACAACGACCGUGAGUCCGACGAGGACACCAGUCCGAGACCCGAGCGACCUUCCAUCAGUUUACCCCAGCUUGAUAUCGGUGGUGCCAUCGAGCUUCCGAGCCGACUGGGGUCUCGUCAUAGCUCGCAAGCGCCUUCUGUAGCAAGGCAGGUCUCCCAGCGACAAGGGUCUGUGGGUUCGGUGAACCAAGACACGGGUGAUUCAUCCCAGCCGCUUCCCGUGGUUGAAGAGGGUGUCUCGACAAAGAGCAAAAGUCUCACCCCGCAGAAUGAGCUUGCCAGGUUUCCGUCCACUCAACUGCACCCCUCCACUGGGACUGGGCGUCUACCGUUUAGUGCUAACAGUUCGCCUUCUCGGGAUCGGAACUUCUCGAUCGCUUCCACGACCGCCUCGACCUCAUCCAGCCGGCGGGCCGGAAACCAGUCGAACCCACGUCCAUCCAGCGUGGGGUAUGUCGCCCAGCAUCGCACUUCGGAUUACAUCCACGAAGCCAGCCCCGAUGAGCCCACUUUUACCGGGAGCGCGGCGGAGUUGGUGGACGAAGCUUCUCAUCGUGGAGGCGCGCAUUAA